AUGGGCGCAUCUUCUGAAGACUUGACAUCUGAUUACCACGAUCUUGCGAAAUCGUUCGAGCAACUGGGCAUGCUCGAAACGGGACUGACAUCAGAUUUGCAGCAGACAGCAAAGGCUCUGGAUGACUUUGCUGAUCUGGAGGCUCGCUUCACGUUCCGUGUGUUGGAUGACGUGAUUACCAUGUUACAUGCGAAGCAGGCAUUCAUUGGCUCUCACAAGACUCUUCUUAAGCACCGAGAAAACAAGCAGCUCGACUUUGAGGGCCUUACAGACUAUCUGCAUACGGCUGUGACAGAGCGUGACCGGCUUGCGAGUCUCGGCACGCCUGAUGGCGAGCCAGUCCAUGGCAAUGUGCGUGGUGUGGGCUUGCGUGGCUACAUGCGGCACAUGGUAGACCGUGUGUGGGGUGUCGAUGAAGAGCAGGCACGGAUUGAGCGGAUGCAGCGUCUCGAUGGCCGCAUUGACGAGCUGCAAGACGCUGUCUCUUUGUCUCACAAGCAGUCUCAAGCAUUCAACCAACACGUGGCCAAUGAGCACGAUAUCUAUGAACUCGGCCGCCGCCAAGAGAUGCUCCAGACGCUCAGGCUGUAUACGGAGGGCAAUGUGCAUUUGUAUGAGCAGGGUGUCGAGCUCUUUGAUCGUUUGAUUGCGUCAUUGGAAGAAGGUUCCAGUGACCAUACGAAUACCGACGAUGCCGCAGCUAAGCAGGAGGUAUCUCUAGCACACUCUGUUGUAUAG